GUCACUCAGUAGUAAGCAUUAGGAAAUGUCAACCCAAUAUAGUCCACUACUAUGUGUUGUUCUUAACAUACUCGUAUUUUCAGUUCUGGAGAUCACGGGAACAAAUAAAUUUCCAGGACUUAUCGUGUUCGGAGACUCCACAGUUGAUGCAGGUAAUAACAAUCAAAUUCCAACCUUGGCAAAAGGUAACUUUCUACCAUACGGACAAGAUUUCGAAGGUGGAAAACCGACUGGGCGGUUUUGCAACGGUCUGUUGGCCACCGAUUUCCUGUCACAGAUGUUAGGGAUUAAAAAUUCGAUACCCGCAUAUCUGGAUCCAGCUUUUGAUAUUGAAGAUUUUGCUACCGGAGUUACCUUUGCUUCAGCUGGAACUGGUUAUGAUGUUGCUACUUCAAAAGUGUCCGCUGUGAUACCUUUAUCUAAAGAAUUGGAAUAUUACAAAGAGUACCUGAAGAAAUUAUCAUCCUUUCUCGGAAAGGAUGGCGCAGUAAAGACAGCAAGAGAAUCAUUGUAUGUUAUCAGCGUUGGAACGAACGAUUUUAUCCUGAACUACUUCACCGUGCCCGGACGGUCAUCUCAAUAUACGAUAGCUGAAUACGAGGAUUUUCUCAUUGGAAUUGCGAGAAAUUUCUUGAUCGAGCUUUACAAUUUGGGUGCUAAAAAUAUAGCAUUAGUCGGGCUUCCUCCUAGUGGUUGCCUACCAUUAAUAAAAACUUUGAAUCUCGUUCCUGGAAGGCCGAAUUUAGAAGAGAUAAAGAAAGCUAGUAAAGACUUUAAUGUCAAGUUACAAAAUUUGGUGGCAACUUUGAGCAUAGAGCUUGAUGGGAUCGAGUUGGUGUAUGCAGAUAUCUACAAUCCUCUUCUAAAGAUCAUUCAAAAUCCAAACCUAUACGGAAUUGAAAAUGUGAAGGAAGGAUGUUGCGCAACGGGAACAGUUGAGCUUGGGAUUAUAUGCAAAGCAGGAAAUCUAUUAUCUUGCUCCGACCCGAGCAAAUACGUAUUUUGGGACGCAGUACACCCAAGUGAAAAGGUUUAUGGCAUAGUAGCCGAUAUACUGAUGAAUACGACCAUAUCUAAGUUUGGUAAUUGACUAGGUAAUAAUGGAGGCACACCUAGUUUUCCAAUAUCAUUUUAAGUGAAUGUUAAGAAAAAUAGCUGAAAAACCAAUCUGGAGAUGUAACAUCACCUAUGCAUUACAAUAAAAACUCUUCAAUAAACAAUGUGUAUUGUUGGGUCUGAAAAA